AUGUCCCUAAUAUGGCUUCCGCGGCCGACGCCUGCCUUUCUAUCUCGCUCGCAUAGUCGCUCACAAUACGUCCUUCGCUCUUACUCUGUAUUCUUACUACGCACUCCGAGUUCUCUUCAUCCUAGUGCUUUCAAUGUUCACCCGUCCCGUCGGUUCCAGAGUAGUCAGCCAUUGGGCUCCAAGCCGUCAGGUCCAACCGUACCCGUAGACCCGCAUACUUCUGCGGAAGUCAAACCUUCCCCUCCUGCUACUGCCGAAUCGCCCAAAGGUCCUCUACUGAGUAGAGCUUGGAAAAAGGUCAAACACGAAGCGGCCCAUUACUGGCAUGGAUCUAAACUUUUGGUAUCCGAAGUCCGCAUAUCUGCUAGACUUCAAUGGAAGAUUUUACACGGUGAACAGCUUACUCGACGUGAGCGGAGACAGUUGAAACGAACCACGCAAGAUCUUCUGCGGCUUGUUCCUUUUGCUGUCUUCGUGAUUGUCCCUUUCAUGGAACUCUUACUUCCCGUUGCUCUCAAACUAUUCCCCAACAUGCUUCCAUCGACUUUCGAAGACAAAUUCGCUGCGGAGGAGAAACAGAGAAAGCUACUUAGAUCCAGACUUGAAAUGGCCAAAUUCCUACAAGAAACGCUUCGUGAAUCCCCGUUAAAAGCAAAUGCUCACAUUAUUGGCAGCGAUGCGUUCAAAGCGUUCUUUCUCAAAGUUCGCUCAACUGGAGAAUCACCAUCCGCGUCUGAUAUUAUCAAUGUCGCACGAUUAUUCGACGAUGACCUCACUUUGGACAAUCUUUCCAGACCGCAGCUGGUAUCGAUGUGCAGGUAUAUGGACUUGAAUGCAUUUGGAACGGAUAAUUUCUUGCGAGGCGCCCUUCGUUCACGGUUACUCACCCUUCGACGCGAUGAUCAGCUUAUUGACGCAGAAGGUGUCGACUCUCUUUCCACGUCCGAACUACAAGGCGCGUGUCAAUCUCGCGGCAUUCGCACCAGUGGCGUGUCUCCAGCCAGGUUAAGGGAGGAACUGUCUACAUGGAUCAAUUUACAUCUGCAUAAUCGUGUCUCCGGUGUUCUUCUCGUUCUAGGACGUGCCUUCAAUUUUGACAGGAAGACGGGAGAGGAUGAAGACGGAAAGACGAAUGUGAUCAAAAGUUUGGAAUCAGUACUCAGUGGACUACCUGACAACCUGCUUAAUGAAGCAGAAUUGGAGGUGGAUUCAGAUAAAGCUAGUUACAAGCAGAAGUUGGAGGUGCUUCAGCAACAGGAGGAACUGAUUGAAGAUGAAGAGGAGCAGGAGCAAAAGGAAGAGGAUGCCCGUCGUGCUAAGAGAGAGGCAGAAGAACGGGAAGCCCAAACCGCACAAGCGCUCCUACCUGAUACUGAGCUGGUACCGGAAAGUGUCAAAGCCGAAGGGGAUGACGCUCGUAUGACCACUGAACAGCUUAAGGAACUCGGCGAAGCUCUUUCUGUAUUAUCCACUAGAUCUAGUGUACUCAAGGAACGAAGCGACCUGCGUGCACUCAUGGAUGAAAAUUUACAAGCCGAAGAGGAUCCCAAGUCGCCUUCUGGUGCAUUGACGAAACGUAUCCGAACCAUGUUAACGAAGAUCGACAAGCAACUGGAAGAGUACGAUUCACGUGUCGGUAGCUCGUUACAGAUGAUAUCCCAGGACGCCCAAGGGCGUAUCCCAGUUCAGGAUCUUCAAAAGGCUUUAGCGGUAAUCAAACAUAGACCAGAUGACGAAGUUGGACAAGCGGUUAUACAAAAACUGGAUGUGGAUAAAGAUGGAUUUGUCGAACUGGAGCAUGUUUUGGGUCUCGUGCAAGAGGAAGGUUUAGGUAUCGUUCUCGACGACGAUGCCCAAUCCCUCAUCGGGCAGGGCCGCGAAAUCAAAAACUCAAAGCCACGGAAGGAGGAUAUUGUGCAAGAAGACUAG